GUGAGCGUGCAAGCGAGUUACAAGCAAGCGGAGGAAACUGGACAGGAGGAGAAGGGAAGAGCAAGAACAGGACUCCAGAGCGAAAGACAACUCGCCGGUGAGGGAGACGCAGGAAGCGAUGAAAGAGAUGUCUGCAAACACUGUGCUGGACAGCCAGCGUCAACAAAAGCAUUAUGGAAUCACCUCUCCAAUUAGCUUGGCAUGUCCUAAAGAAAUUGAUCAUAUUUACACACAGAAAUUAAUUGAUGCCAUGAAACCAUUUGGAGUGUUUGAAGAUGAGGAAGAAUUGAACCACAGGCUGGUUGUUCUUGGUAAACUGAACAAUCUAGUAAAAGAAUGGAUUUCUGAGGUCAGUGAGAGUAAGAAUCUUCCACCUUCUGUUGUGGCUACUGUUGGUGGAAAGAUUUUUACUUUUGGCUCCUAUAGACUUGGAGUACACACCAAAGGAGCUGACAUUGAUGCACUUUGUGUAGCCCCAAGACAUGUGGAGAGAUCUGAUUUUUUUCAGUCUUUUUUUGAAAAGUUGAAACAUCAAGAUGGCAUUAGAAACUUAAGAGCUGUAGAAGAUGCCUUUGUUCCUGUUAUAAAAUUUGAAUUUGAUGGAAUUGAAAUUGAUUUAGUCUUUGCAAGAUUGGCAAUACAGACCAUAUCAGAAAAUUUAGAUCUAAGAGAUGACUCUCGACUGAGAAGCCUUGAUAUAAGGUGUAUUCGCAGCCUAAAUGGAUGUAGAGUUACUGAUGAAAUUUUGCAUUUAGUGCCAAAUAAAGAAACUUUCAGACUCACCCUAAGAGCAGUUAAACUAUGGGCAAAACGACGUGGUAUUUAUUCCAACAUGCUCGGAUUCCUUGGUGGUGUCUCCUGGGCAAUGCUGGUUGCAAGAACUUGCCAAUUAUAUCCAAAUGCAGCAGCUUCUACUUUAGUUCAUAAGUUCUUCUUAGUUUUUUCCAAAUGGGAAUGGCCAAAUCCUGUGCUGCUAAAGCAACCGGAAGAAAGCAAUUUGAAUUUGCCAGUUUGGGAUCCUCGGGUAAAUCCAUCAGAUAGGUAUCAUCUCAUGCCCAUAAUCACCCCUGCCUACCCACAACAGAAUUCUACGUAUAAUGUGUCCACAUCAACUCGAACAGUAAUGGUAGAAGAAUUUAAACAAGGUCUUGCAGUCACAGAUGAAAUUCUUCAGGGGAAAUCAGAUUGGUCCAAACUACUUGAGCCACCAAAUUUUUUCCAAAAGUAUAGACAUUAUAUAGUAUUGACUGCCAGUGCAUCAACAGAAGAAAAUCAUCUAGAGUGGGUUGGCUUAGUAGAAUCUAAAAUACGUGUACUUGUGGGAAAUUUGGAACGGAAUGAAUUUAUUACUCUUGCCCAUGUAAAUCCCCAGUCAUUCCCAGGAAAUAAGGAACAUCAUAAAGACAACAAUUAUGUAUCAAUGUGGUUCCUUGGAAUAAUUUUUCGGAGAGUAGAAAAUGCAGAAAGUGUUAAUAUAGACUUGACAUACGAUAUACAGUCAUUUACUGAUACAGUGUACAGACAGGCAAACAAUAUAAACAUGCUAAAGGAGGGAAUGAAAAUUGAAGCAACUCAUGUUAAAAAAAAACAACUUCAUCACUACCUUCCUGCAGAAAUUCUUCAGAAGAAGAAAAAGCAAAGUCUGUCUGAUGUCACCCGAAGUUCAAGUGGACCUCAAUCCAAAAGAUCAUCUCUGGAUAGCAAUUGUUUGGACAGCUCCAGAGACACUGAUAAUGAAACACCUUUUAAUUCCCCAGUGUCUGCAAACAAGCCUUCCAAGCCUGAUAUUCCUCCUUCAGGGGAGACAGAGAGGAAUAAUGCUGAGCCUGCUGCUGUAAUCGUGGAAAAGCCACUGAGUGUCCCGCCAGCUCAAGGGCUAUCUAUUCCUGUCAUUGGUGCAAAAGUAGACACCGCAUUAAAAGCUGUAUCACCCCCAGCUGUGUGUACCAUUCCUACGGUAGUAGGACGAAAUGUCAUUCCUAGGGUCACACCUCACAACCCUGUCCAGGGGCAGCCACAUCUAAAUGGGAUCUCAAAUGUAACUAAGAAUGUUACGCCUAAAAGACCCCACUCCCCAUCCGUAGAUGGGUCCUCUAAGAGGUUGAAAGACAUAGAAAAGUUUAUUCGACUUGAAUCAACGUUUAAGGAAUCACGUGCUGCUGAAGACAGAAAAAGAAAAUCAGUGGAUGCCAUUGGAGGAGAAUGUAUGCCUAUUCCAACUAUUGAUACGUCACGCAAAAAGAGACUGCCCAGCAAAGAACUACCAGAUUCAUCAUCUCCAGUUCCAGCAAAUAACAUCCGUGUCAUCAAAAAUUCCAUUCGGCUGACCCUAAAUCGAUGCUGUAGCAUUCUCUCAUUGAUUGCUACAUACACUUCUCUGAGGAUCACCUGCUAUCAAAUUGUCAUCUGCAGUCUUAUGGCUUUGCGUUGGAGGUUUUACUGCCUUAACUUUCGAUGCUUGUUUCUCUGUUAUGGGAACCAGUUCUUGGCUCUUUGGACACUCAUAAAACAAGUCCUGAAAUAUCCACCGCCCCCCCCUUUUUUUAAGUCUUAUGUUGUAAUCAUUGUAUAGAACUGAAAAAAUUGAAGAAAAAAAAAAGUCUUGUAAUUUUCCAAAUGUUAACACAUUUACUUUAGCAUUGAAGCCACUUUGUGAAACCUGAGAUAAAUGAAUGUGAGGUAUCUUUUCUGCUUUCCUCAUUUGUGUAGAUGUACUUUUUGUCUGUUCUGUUGAUUUAAAUUAUUUUUUCUCAGAUUGGCACAUGAAAUAUUUAAAUUUUAUUUUUUUGUGCCUUUCUGUCCAAAUGUUGCAUAGUUACCAGGGAGGAUUAGUCCAGUGAUUACAUAAGAGUUGGGCACCAUAAAUUCUCUAUAUUUUGCCUCCUGUGGAGGCCUUUGAAAUGCAUCUUUAUUAAGAAUCAAAAUAUAACCAGAAUACUGAAAGUCAGUAUAUGAACGGUGAAAUUGUUACAUAACCUAUCUCAUGCCAUUCUUGUUAGUUGACUGGUAUUUUUUACUGAGGAGCAACUCAAUCCGGCAUCAACAAUAAAGAUACUUUAAGUAUGGCAAAUUUGUAUUUUUGACGUGUACAGUUUAACUUGGCAUGAUAAUUCCUAACCAUUACGUACCCCCACAACUUCAGUUUCUUCACGGACUAGGCAUGCAGAAAUAAGCAGUGGAUUUUAUUGAGACCUAAAGGCAUU